UCUCAGCCUGAACUCAAAGAUGUCUUCCACAUCCUUGCUAGUGUUGCUGCUGGGACUGGUGGUUCUCAUCACCUCGUCUCUUGCUGACUACCCCAAGCAUCCCCCACUUCAGAAACCACCUACGGAACACCAACCACCAACUAAACCUCACAAUGGAGAGAAGCCACUCCCCGAACACAAGCCACCAAGUCCAUUUGGCAAACCACCCCAGGGAGAGAAGCCACCACCACAACACAAGCCAUCUGACAAAACUCGUAAGCUUCUCCAGGUAGAGAAGCCGCUUCCGGAGCACAAGCCGCCGGUGAAGGAACCACCUAUGGAACACCAGCCACCAAAUGAACCUCCCAAGGGAGAGAAGCCAGUUCCCGAACACAAGCCACCAAGCCCAUUUGGCAAACCACCCCAGGGAGAGAAGCCGCCACCAGAACAAAAGCCAUCUGACAAAACUCGUAACCUUCUCCAGGAAGAGAAGCCACUCCCCGAACACAAGCCACCAUGCCCAUUCGGCAAACCACCCCAGGGAGAGAAGCCACUCCCCGAACACAAGCCACCAUGCCCAUUCGGCAAACCACCCCAGGGAGAGAAGCCACCACCACAACACAAGCCAUCUGACAAAACUCGUAAGCUUCUCCAGGUAGAGAAGCCGCUUCCGGAGCACAAGCCGCCGGUGAAGAAACCACCUACGGAACACCAGCCACCAACUGAACCUGCCAAGGGAGAGAAGCCAGUUCCCGAACACAAGCCACCAAGCCCAUUUGGCAAACCACCCCAGGGAGAGAAGCCGCCACCAGAACAAAAGCCAUCUGACAAAACUCGUAACCUUCUCCAGGAAGAGAAGCCACUCCCCGAACACAAGCCACCAUGCCCAUUUGGCAAACCACCCCAGGGAGAGAAGCCGCCACCAGAACAAAAGCCAUCUGACAAAACUCGUAACCUUCUCCAGGAAGAGAAGCCACUCCCCGAACACAAGCCACCAUGCCCAUUCGGCAAACCACCCCAGGGAGAGAAGCCACUCCCCGAACACAAGCCACCAUGCCCAUUUUGCAAACCACCCCAGGGAGAGAAGCCACCACCAGAACAAAAGCCAUCUGACAAAACUCGAAACCUACUCGAGGGAGAGAAACAACUCCCGGAGCACAAGCCACCAAGCCCAUUAGGCAAACCACCAAAGGGACAGAAGCCACCUCCUUCCGGUCACAACCCUGGGCACCCUCCUGCAGAGAGUGCCGAAGACUCAUACAAGCCACCUCAGAAGAUUACGCCUCCUUCAACUCCAACAAAGAAGCCACCAGCUCCUACCCAGAAGCCACCCCACAAACCACCAUCUCCUACCCAUCCCAACUGAGUGACUUUGGUUAGUUUGAGAUUUUGAGUAAUACGUAAAAUAAGAGCUGCUACCCGCUGUGCACUUAUCAUGUUACUCUUUCCCUGCGAGCCUA